CAACGCGCUAUUUUGACACGUCCAAUUGCAUCAAGACAGCUCGCUCUUUUUCAACUCCCACAUAAAACAAUUUCCUCUAAAUUCGGCCGCCUACUUAUUUAGCACCACCACUUCCUACUCCAUUUCAACUUUCCUCUCUCUAUCUAUAUACUACUACUCCUCCUCCUAAUACCAACUCCUCCAACCACAAUGCCAACCAUCUUGUUGAGAAUUUUCCUCAUCUACAAGCUCUUCUACACAGUUUUCCAGUACUUGGUUCCUAAGAAGCUCAGAGCGUAUCUCCCAGCUUCUUGGUACUCGUACACGGAACAACCACAACAUAUCAAGAACGAGCCUGUUUCGUCCUUCUCCUCUUCACCCAUCCCAUCCUCCCCGUCUUUCCGCCCUCCUCAAAGAAUGGAUGCUGCAGAGCUGAGACGGGUUUUCCAGAUGUUCGACAGGAACGGCGACGGCCGGAUCACUAAGACUGAGCUCAACGGCUCCUUGGAGAACAUGGGAAUCUUCAUCCCGGGAGACGAGCUGUCCCAGAUGAUCGACCGGGUGGAUGUCAACGGAGAUGGCUGCGUCGACAUUGACGAGUUUGGUACCUUGUAUUGGACCAUCAUGGACGAGCGCAACGAGGAGGAGGACAUGAAAGAGGCAUUCAACGUGUUUGAUCAGAACGGCGAUGGAUUCAUUACAGUUGACGAGCUGAACUCUGUGCUGGCGUCCCUCGGCCUCAAGCAAGGGAGGGGCACUGAGGACUGCAAAAAAAUGAUCACCAAGGUCGAUGCGGAUGGCGAUGGAAGAGUCGACUUCGAUGAGUUCAAGCAGAUGAUGAGAGAAGGCAGCUUCGUUGCAUUAGGCAACUGAUGCGGCCGUCUCGAUCUCGUCGUUUUCAGCAGGGUGAUUUUCGUUGACUGCAGUGUACAUAGAUCUUGGUUUUUUCUUAUCUCUCCAUUAAUCUGCCACAAGAAUAUAUGUAUUUCUAUCAUAUGAACCCAAAGAUUGAUAUAUGUUGCUUCACAUAGCCAUCUGCGAAGGAUCCAUUGAUAACAAAGUGUUAAUACAGAAAGCUGUAUAUUGUAUGUGCAACAUUUUGCAGUCAUUCAGACAAAAAAUGAGAAGGGAGCGAAGCAUUGAUCAUGGACUCAUAGCAAGAUACUCUUUAUGAAUGGCUCAAAGUGGGGAUGCUUAAGUUUAGGAAAACAAAAAAAGGAACAGUUUUAUUCAUUCUUGUAAUUCGUGGCUUUCUGGCCUAUGUUUUGUUUUUUGAUUUGAUUUUUGUCACCUAGUUUUUGUUACUGGAGUAUAUUUUUUUCAUGCUA